GGGCAGGCCAACCACUUCUUCCGCUACGCGCCGGCGGAGAUCGCAUAUCCCAGAGACUGGUACCAGAACGAAACGAGGCGCCUAUAUUGGGUGUUGGAGGCGCGUCUGGAGUACCGUGAUUACCUCGUCGGGCGUGGCCAAGGCAAGUCUGGUGUUGCGGGCAUGUCGACUUUCACGUGGGUGCGAUGUGCGACGUGGGCGGGAUUCGACCUUGAGAAGUUU